CUCCCUCCCUUGCUUUGGUCUCGCUAGGAUCCCUCCGACCAAUCAGGAAGAGGGGGCAGAAACCAGCCAGUCCGAUCAAAGCGGGAAGGAGGCGGCGCCUAAUUUGAAUUCUUUUAAGUAGAAGAAAGGAUAAAACGCAAUCCCUGAUUGAGGUUGCUUGCGUCUAAGAGCCGUGUGGGUGAGUCCUGGGAAGUUCUCUUGGCUUUUACAGACUGUGUUAUUAGGCUUUCCUUUAAUUUGUUAGGAGAAUUCAGAAAGCAGAAGUGAUGGCGUCUGUGUUUCAAAGUAUGGGGUCAACUGUUGGUUGGAGGAGCCACAAAAUACUGGCUGACUUUGAGGAAAGUCCAGCACCGGACAGGUUUAGGAAGCGGUCCUCUCGCAACCUGAAUGCCGUUCGGAUGUCCCUGCGGAAGAGAAUGCCCUUAAAGCCGGUGGAGAUGAACUUUGAUGAGAACCCGACAUGGGAGAGCUUGGAAGCCAAGGAAAAGAGUCAAAAUCUCCAAGCGCUCACAAGAACAGCCAAAAAUGUCUUUGGGACAGUGUCUCAGAAAAUCCACAAGAGCUGCCAGGGCUCCACACAGACUCUGGUGACUGCUUUGGCUAAAGCCUCCAUGACUGGUGAUGGGGGUUCCACCAGAACCCGGCGCAGCUCUCCUCACACUCCUCGGCGCAAAAGCAACAGGCUAGCUGCCAUAUCUACCCCGACAUCCAGUACCAAGAUGGUGCCCGAAUCUGACCAGAGGUCUUCUUUUCAAUCUGGCUCCCGUCGGCUUAGAGAAGAUCCUCGCCCUCUCCGGAGAUCCAGGAGGACUGCAGCCUUGAGAAGUCCAUAUGGUUCUCCUGUCUGCUCAGGCCUCAGGAGGCAAGUUGGGCAGUUUGAUUGUGACUUAGAAAUGAUCUCCACUGGCAUUCGCCAGCUGAAGCGUCUUUCCCAUGCCUUCAAUGAUAUCAUCGCCCAAGAAGAAAGAGAUCAAGCGAUUGCCAACUAUUGCCGCAUCAUGACGCAGAAUGUACAGGCUGCGCAUUUGCAGUCGCAGAGUCGCUCCCGUUUGGCGUUCAGGAAGAGAGCGUUGAGACUGCAGCGAGUGCUCAGCAGAUGGGCCGAAAUCCGCUGGAAAAACUACUAACCUGUGAAGAUGUGAAGGAUGGACUUGUGUGUGUUUGUGAAGGCUCUUUUGUAUCUGUGUUUAACUGACUCUACUCUGCAUAAGCUUAUGUCGAGAAAAGCUAAUUUUUUUUAUUUUAACUGAAAAGCUAACUUUUAAAUUUUUACCUUUGUACAUCAAUUGUUUGUUAUGCCAUAAUUCUGUAUAAAUGCUUUUUAUAAUACAUUUAUUAAAAUAUGAAACAAGAAAAAAA